UCUAGUCAUCCAGGGCUGAGGCGUGACUACUGGUGGAAGAGGCAGUCAUCUGCGUGGGGCCAUAUCACCAUUCCUGGAGGUGAUGCCCCGUGCCUUCCUGGUCAGAAGUCGGCGUCCACAGCCGCCCAACUGGGGCCACCUGCCUGAUCAGCUCCGGGGAGAUGCCUAUGUCCCAGACUGCAGCAACCAGCGGGGCCCACCAGCAGACCAGUCUUCUGGCCUCGGGGACUCUUGGGUAGCGCCCAUGCAGGACAGUCUGGCCUCCACUCCCAGGGGCCCGGGGACCCUUGGCUGCCCACUCUGCCCCAAGGCCUUCCCCCUGCAGCGCAUGCUGACUCGGCACCUCAAGUGCCACAGCCCUGCUCGCCGCCACGUGUGCCGCUGUUGUGGCAAGGGCUUUCAUGAUGCCUUUGACCUCAAGCGCCACAUGAGAACGCACACCGGGAUCCGGCCAUUCCGCUGUGGAGCUUGUGGGAAAGCAUUUACACAGCGCUGCUCCCUAGAAGCUCAUCUUGCCAAGGUGCACGGGCAGCCGGCCAGCUACGCUUACCGGGAGCGCCGGGAGAAGCUGCAUGUGUGUGAGGAUUGUGGCUUCACCUGCUCCAGGCCCGACGCAUACCUGCAGCACCGGGCCCUACAUCGUGCUGCUUGACAAUGUGCAUCCCACACAACCCACGAGAGGCAAAUAAACGCAGGAAACACA